UCCGCACCGACAACACAAUGCUCAUAACACUCAUGGACGGCUCCUGAAUUUUAGGCUUUCAUACCAGCAUACUUUGCUCAACUAAUGAGGCAGCAAUAACACAGGUUUCUCGGGGCGCAUCUUCACAGUUUGACAAAGUUGUGCGCAAGGGGUUUCAUGUUGCCUUAAUUUAAUUCGAGGCGGCUGAGAGGAAUCAAACUGGCUCGUGGGGAGGGUAGUAGUGGUACAUAUAGCGGGACUCUGUGACUGGUCCAAACGCAGGAGCUGAAGAUACUGCUGGCUUAACCUUUCGGGUAGAGGCAAGAAGGUCGGGCGCUCAGCAAUGGGUUGUGCCCAGAGCAAGAAGAAGAGCAAGUCGAAGGUGGGGGAGAAGAAGCAGAGAGCGGUGAACAACAGCACUCAGGAUGGAAGUGCCAAGGUCUCAUUGGCUGAGGUGGGUGGAGGGGUGGAGCAGUAUGAGAAGCAGCUGAAGGUCCUCCAUGCUCUCCUGGCUGCCUCUGGGGGUCUUGAGAGAGAUGCACUCUUCAAAGCCCACCACAACGACCAGCUCUGCAAGGUCGUCUGCAGCAUCGCUGAGAAGGUCAAGAGUGAGACGGCAGCCAAGCUUAAUGCAGCCCACCAGGAGGAGAUGAGAAAGACGACAGAAGAGUAUCAAAGCGCGACUGAAGAGCUGAAGCGCCUCCACAAAGAAGAGAAAGUUGCCUUAAAUGCUGCACAUGAAGCCACAGAGAACAUGCUGAAGGAGAGGAUAGAAGAGCUGCUGGUAGAUCUGAAGGUGUUCCAUGAGGUGAAACGGAGAGUAGAGGAGUCUAUGCUGAAGAGAGACCUACAGCGGAACAUUGAGACUCACGGCAGCCCUGGGGAAUUCUGGGAGCGGGAGCAGGAGAGUCUGCUGAUUGUCAUCGAGAUGAAGACUGAGCGUGUGCAGGAGCUGGGCAGCAAGCUUCUGCAGAUGAACACACUGGUUGAAAAGAAUCUGUCACUGGAGGACCAGGUGAUUCACAUCCUACAACAGAAUGAAGACCUCAGAGUUCGGAUAGAGAACUACCAGUCCCUCAUCCAGGAGCUGUCUAAAGACCAGCUGAGCCUGCAGGAGGCUCUGGAAAAGCAGUCGUUGGAGACGCAGAAACUGCGCCAGGAGAAGGAGGAGCUGCUCUUCAAACUGCUGCACCACGACUCCUGCUCCUCCUCCAACCCCGCUUUCCAUCGGCCUCCCACCCUCUCCGAGGUGUCCCCCAGCUGACUUCGAUAACCCCCCCACCCCCCUGGGCUUAACUGCCCCUGCCUCAAACUGCCCCACUGCAGUGUGU